GUUUUAAAUUCUGAAAGCGUGCUGCUCAUCCCUUUCAACUUUUGAAGUCUCCAAUUCCCAUACUGGCACAUGCCACCACGCAGGUCCCCUCUUGUUCGCGCGCCUACAGAACCGCUAGACGCCAGCACUCUCGACUGGAAGUUCAGAAGGCAACUAAUCGAACCUUCCGAACCUUCCACUGACUCUCGGACCCGUGCUCUAGUUCGCACUCACCGCGUAAACAACAUCGUCGUUCAGCAUGCCCGCGAUUUGGUGUCUGUUCCUAGACCAUUCGAGACAGAUGAUGAAUCCGUGGUAGACGACGAGACAGGCAAGGACGCGCAUUCUCUCAAGCGAUAUCUUCAGGAAUCCUGGUUUCCGGCGUUUAAGCUUGGCCCUCGGGUCGAGCAGAAAUUUGUCUGGCCCCAUUACCCAGAGCUGCAGGCUGCGCCUGGAAUGCGGAAGCUCCGCACCAUUUCGCGGAUUAUGCCAUACCGUAUACAUGGGGCUGUAUGCGAAUACCUUGAGCGACAGAAGGAUAAACAACUCGAGCGAACGAAAGACUCUGUUGACCUGACCUUACCCUCCAUCAAUCUUAUGGUGUACGACUACAAGGGUAUCAACGCGUGUAUGCAAGAUGUCAAUUUUGUCACCGACAUCACGACACUUCUCAUGACAUUUGCGUUCCGGACCGUUGCGCGAUGUUUGCACAUCCUGCAUGAUAUACCCGAAGGAAUAGAUGGGGAUGCUUUUCGCAAAUUCCUGCAGUUCAGAAGCUCAUCCGAAAUGUGCCCCGUGAAGGAUAAUAUUUUUGACGUUGUCUCCCUCCCCAGCCCACAUCCCGGCUAUACGAGCAUGAUCGUCCUCGUCGUUCCUCCGUGGGCCUUUGAUAAUAUGGACUUCAUAAGUUUCAUCGACACAGGAGAGGUGACCCCUGGAAGCCUCGAUGGGAUCCCCACCAGCAAACCUGCCAGUGCACCAGCUAUUUUGUGGGCUUUGUUAUGGGACAUGUGCUCCAAGCAGAAAUGUCAAUAUUUUGCCGUCACGACGUAUGAACUCUGGGCAUUUGGAAACUUCAGUUCUAAUAUGGAAAACGCAUAUAUCUCCGACCUGUUCCGAGCUCCGGUUCACUCACAUGACAGCCAGGUUCAGCAGGAUAUGCUUCCCAGUCCGUCGAUGUCCGAGACUCUGUUAUUUUGGAUGGCGGCUUGUAUUGGUGCUGGAGGCAUCGUGUGGACACCGUGUGAUUCUGACAUCAUCACAUGUUGAUCGCCCAUCGUGUUAGCUUGUCUGUAUCAUGAUCGCGGAAUUUAUAUUUUCACACUUCC